GCCCCACAGAUGCACCCGGAGGCUAGCCACUCGGCCGCCCGGCAGAUCUGGGGCGAGGACCAGACCGGAAAUGGUGGUUUCUAUGGCAACCACUGAGCGGGUUGCCUGGGAGAUGACCCCUUUUGGUCUCUUUGAAUCUUAGCUGUAGCAUUACCUCGAAGGAGGAUCGAACAUCCUGGACAGUCUCCUGCCAUGAUUCCCGGGAAAUACCGCUCCGUUUCUGGCCGGGCAGCAAACAACGUGAACUGUGGACUUCAUCUGGUUAUUCAAACGUCGUCACUUCCUGACAAAAACAAACCUGAACUAAAGCUUAAUAGAGAAACACCACCGUUUCCUGGUAGACUGUUACAGCAUGACCUGGAGAGAAACUACGCAAGCAGACAAGGAGAUGGAAGAGUAAUAAGUCCUUCGCCACGCAAUAAGUCAUCAUGCAUCUCAUCCACAACUAACGUGACAGAACUCUGUGGGCUGGACAUGAAAGCUGCCACCAGCUCCCUGUCAGCAUUCGGAGACUCUUCCAUUCAGACACCUUCCAAGCCCAGAAUCCGGCAGGGCUGUCAUAGUGCUGGCCCCAAUGUUUCGGGUGAUCACAUUAAUCUGGUGACCUCAUCGAUGCCGUCAUUUCCUAUUCUCCAGCGCUCUUCUGAAGAGAAAAUUCUUUACUCAGACAGGCUGACCCUGGAAAGACAAAAGUUGACUGUGUGUCCUAUCAUCGAUGGGGAAGAACACCUUCGCUUGUUGAACUUUCAGCACAAUUUCAUAACUCGGAUCCAAAAUAUUUCUAAUCUACAGAGGUUAAUAUUCUUGGACUUAUAUGAUAACCAGAUUGAAGAAAUUAGUGGUCUUUCUACUCUGAAAUCCCUCCGCGUCCUGCUAUUAGGGAAAAACAGAAUCAAGAAAAUCUCAAAUCUGGAGAAUCUAAAAAAUUUAGAUGUCUUGGACCUUCAUGGAAAUCAGAUUUCCAAAAUUGAAAAUGUUAAUCACUUGUCUGACUUGAGAGUUUUAAAUCUUGCCAGGAACCUCUUGAGCCACGUCGACAAUCUCAAUGGUCUGGAUUCACUGACUGAACUUAACCUUCGGCACAAUCAGAUCACCUUUGUGAGAGAUGUGGAUAAUUUGCCCUGCCUCCAACGCCUCUUCCUCAGCUUCAACAAUAUAUCUAGCUUUGACAGUGUUUCCUGCCUCGCGGAGUCGACUUCCCUCUCGGACAUCACCUUUGAUGGCAACCCAAUAGCUCAAGAGUCAUGGUACAGACACACGGUCCUGCAGAAUAUGAUGCAGCUGCGCCAGCUAGACAUGAAGAGGAUCACGGAAGAAGAAAGACGUGUGGCAUCUGUUGUAGCGAAAAAAGAGGAGGAGAAGAAGAGGGAGAGUCACAAGCAGUCCUUGCUGAAGGAAAAGAAAAGGUUAACGAUUAACAAUGUCGCUCGGAAGUGGGACUUGCAGCAACGGGUAGCCAAUAUUGACAGCACUCAAGACAGAAAGGACGCUGCGUCUCCUCCUCAGGAACCCUGUCAGAUUGAUGGAAGCACCAUCUCCGAAUUUCCAGAGGAAACAGGGUCCCUAGAUCCGGGGCUCAGCAGCGGGUUACAAGGCUUGUCAGUCACAGACACACACUUGGUGGAGGUAGAGGGGGACACUCUCUCGCUGUAUGGCUCAGGGGCACUGGAAUGCCUGGAUCGGAACUGGAGUGUCCAAACAGCCGGCAUGGUCACCACCGUCUCAUUCACAUUCAUCGAGUUUGAUGAAAUUGUCCAAGUGCUUCCCAAACUGAAGAUGAAGUUUCCAAAUUCUCUGCACCUGAAGUUCAAGGAGACCAACCUUGUGAUGCUGCAGCAGUUCAACGCCCUCGCGCAGCUCCGCCGGGUUGACCAGCUGACAAUUGACCCUCAGGGGAACCCAGUGGUCAGCUUCACACUCUGGAAGUACUACGUGUUAUUUAGGCUCAGCCACUUCGGCAUGCAGAAAAUAAACGGAACAGAGGUGACCCAAAAUGACAUGAUAAUGGCUGAAAGGCUCUUUGGGAUCCUAGCACACGUAGCAUCUUCCGAGUUGCCUCAGUACCGCAUGAUUUCAAUUCUGGGUGAUGCCAGGAAAAAGCAAUUCCGAUAUCUGCUCGAAAGCAAAGGUAAAAAACCUGGCAUCAUCAGUGAGGAGAACAGCAACAGCAAAAGGCUCAUUGGGGAAAACACGAACCGCGCGACACUGAAUUACACCACCAGAGAAUUCUACCACGAGAAGCUGGAGGAAAUAAAGGACAAGAAGAAGUUCUGCAAGAUGUAUGUAGAAGAUCUUGUGAAGGAGGCCACGGCCAUCAAUAUGAAGAAUGAGGCUCUGCAAAAGCUGUGGCCGCAGAUGUUCAUUGAGCUGGUGAGGGACGCUGUCAUAGAGAUCCGAAACAAGGACUCCUAUAUGAAGCUCUGCCUGCAGCAGAUCACUGACCAGAAGUAGUCCUGCACCGGGUGACCCAGGCAAUCUGGAGCUUUGUGAAAGUUUGGCAAGAUGCUGGUUAGACAUGUUGAGACACCACCACUAUCCACAGACUGAGAAGAGUGGCAUCAUAGCCUCACUCCCUACACUGAGAAGGGAGGAAAGCCAGAGAGAGGGAGGGCUCCUUUGUCAUGCAUGCUGACCACACGUGGCCUUGGGAAACCAGGCAGCACUGGAGGAGGCCUGACUGCUGGGAUGGAAAUGCUUCUUCAGCUCCUGCUCUGACUGGUGCGCCUGCUCCAGCCCCAAGCGUGCAGUAUGCUGAUGGGCUAGCAUGAGAUGCCUCUACCACCCUCUAGCUGAGACUUUUCUCUCUCUCUCUCUCUCUCUCUCUCUCUCUCUCUCUCUCUUUGCCUUUUUAUUUUAUGUCAUGAUUUCAAAGCCAAGCAUAUGUUCUUUUUUAUGAGUGAAGAAUAAAUACAUUAG